CAAGCGGACGUGUUUGUGUGUGACGCGGAAGAAGGUUUUUCAAACAAAAGAAGAAAAAAGUGCAAAUUAAAUACAAAGAAAAGAAGAAAAAAAAUUAUUAAUAAUUUCUUAAAGCACAAAAGUGCAGGAAGUGCGUUAUAGUAAUUGUUUGCCUUGUGGAAAAAUAAUUUUAGUGUGUUUGGGGCAAGAAAACAACGACAACAUCGAUUUGCUGUUGCAGAAAAAAUCAAAUGAAAUUUCACCAAAGUUAUCUAAAAUAAAACCAUGCAAAUAUAUGUCUAAUAUUGGGCAAAUAAAGCCCAUCUCUAGAUGAAUUCAUUAAAAACAUACAAAUCAUUUAACAUCCUCCCAACAUCUCAGGGGAAACUGAAAGAGGCAGAUCAACGCCAGGUGUAAGGAGACGUAAGGUUGGAAAGAAGCCAACCAUCAACAACAGAGGAGUGGCUGUAUUACCACAAAUCCUCAAAAGAAGAGCUUUUAAAGCUCUUCUCAAUCACUUGCAGGGAGGGAGGGUGUUUGCCCCUCCCCCAGGACAGCAUGAAUGUAAUGCGAAAAUUACGUGGUGCCGGCAGUGCUCCGGCUGGCAAUGGGAGUCCUGGGGCUGGCAACAAUGGCUCAGUGGGUUCCUCCUCCACGGCUAAUGGGGGCUCCACUUUGACCUCGGCGGUUAGCGAGGAUGCCAUGAUGGAUGCUCGCGUUCAAAUAAGUUUACACACGCUCAAGAAACUUUUCAAUGAGUACACACAUCCCAAGGAGCCCCUCAGCGAACAGGAAAGGGACAUGAAACUCUAUCAAAUGUUACCAUUGUUCUGUAAGGUUUUCAGUGCUUGUCCUGCCUCGGAUAUGAGUGAAAAGUUUUGGGAUGUCGUUGCCUUUUGUCAACAGGUCUCACGUCUCAUGGUCGGUGAGAUACGUAAACGUGCCUCCAACCAAAGCACCGAGGCUGCCUCAAUUGCAAUUGUCAAGUUUCUCGAAAUAGAAACCACCGAAGAGACCAGCAGCGGUUGGAUGCUGUUGUCAACCUUGAAUCUGCUGGCGAAUGGUGAUGUGUCACUGAUACAGGUGAUGACAGCUGCUGCAGUGCCCUCCACUCUGGUCAAAUGCCUCUAUCUAUUUUUUGACUUGCCUGCUGUUGAAGAUGAUCCACCCAGCGAUAGGCCUAGCGAUUUUAAUGCCUUUGAGCGUCGAACUCUGUUGCAAAAGGUUUUUGUGCAGCUUCUGGUAAAGCUCUGUUCAUAUCCUUACCCGGCCGAAGAAUUAGCUCGCAUGGAUGAUUUAAGUUUGCUGUUCUCCGCCAUCACCUCACCAUGUCCCACACACAACAUAGUGUGGCGUAAAAAUGCAGCCGAAAUUCUAACCACCAUUUCCAGGCAUGGUCUCACCGAUGCUGUAGUCAGUUACAUACAUUCCAAAGGCUGUAUGGCUUUGUGUGUUGACAAUAUGAAACGCUUAACAUUUGGCAAUCCUUUGGAAAUUGUUGAGAUGUUUGUUACGGUCUUUUGUUUCCUGAAGGAUUCUAGUCAAGUCUCACAGAUACUGAUGGACGAUUUUAAAGCAUCACAUGGAUACACAUUUUUAACCGAUUUUUUGCUCAAAUUUGAUACUACUCGCACCCAUUCCGUUGAGGUCCAGGCUGCCAUACGCAAUCUGGUCCUUAUGAUCUCAUCCCUGUGCAUGUGCGGUUACAAUGAGUUGCGACCGCCUCAGGCCCAAAUCAAUGCUCUCUUUAAAAUGCAAAAUUUCCAAAUGCCUCAGGCCACCUCAAGGGAGACAUGUGUGCGCAACAUCUAUGCCUUUCAAGUGCUGCAAACGGUAUUCCUAAGAGCCACCUCAUCCGGAUUGUGUUGCACAAUAUUGGAUGCCAUCUCCAGAGUUUACCAUUCAGAGAAUGCCAACUACUUUAUAUUGGAAUCGGAGAAUACCCUUAGUCAAUUCACCGAGAGAAUCCACCUGAAGGGUUCCCAAAUACAAGAGAAAUUCUUCGAUCUCUUGGAGUUCAUAGUGUUCCAAUUGAAUUUUGUACCCUGCAAGGAAUUGAUCUCGUUGUCGUUGCUUUUGAAGAAUAACCAUUCGACCAGUUGUAGUAUUUUGUGCCUGAAAACCCUGUUGAAUGUGCUUAGGCAUAACAAUGUAUUCAAGGAUGUGUAUCGUGAGGUGGGUAUCCUGGAGGUAUUUGUCACCUGCCUCAAUCGUUAUGCGGAGCAUGUACGCAAAAUCACCAAGGACGAUGAGAGUGCUGUGGUGGUGGAGGAAGCUGAGGGCGAAGAUUUAUCCGACAGCAUGGGCAAACAUGUGCUGGAAGCCUUGACCAUACUCCUGAGUGGCAAUAACAACAAUGCCAAUGUUUUUCGAGAGAGUGGUGGGGCAAAGUGCAUACAUGAUAUAGUCAAAUUCAAGCAUUGCCGACCCCAAGCCUUGGGUAUUAUAAGGGAGUUGAUACUGUCCGCCGGCGGAGAUGAUGAUAUGCUUUUCAUACUCUCCGUAAUGCAUGCGGUGCCUCCUUAUCAGGUGGAGUUUAAGAUACAAAUACUCAAUAUGCUUUUGGGUUGUCUCAAAGAUUCCCAUCGCACUCGCACCGUGUUUCGUAAAGUAGGAGGCUUUGUCUAUUUGACCAGUGUCUUUGUGUCAUUGGAUGGCAAACUUUGUGAUGAGGAUCGUGUGGAGAGUGAUGAUCCCGAGGCUCAGCUAAUACCGCAAGAUGAUUUGGUUUUGCUGCUGCAAAUGGUGUGUCAAACCUUGGCCACUGCCAUGCGUUUUGAGCCGGCCAAUGCCAAGUUUUUCCAUCAGGAGAUCUGCACGGCAUCUUUGUGUGAUACCCUGAGAUUGUUAGGGUGUUUUGGCAAUGACACCGAGUUGCCAGAGUUUAAGGAGAUCUACAAGGCCGACAUAGCCACACAGAAGUAUUAUCAUGAGGUCUUCUCAGGAGAUAUUUUGAAUUAUAGCUUCAAUGGUUCCAUACCUCGUUCCUUGUCCUAUGUGUGCGUGGUCUAUCGCCUUUUGUACAGCAUUGCCUUGGAUAAUUUUGAAUCUCCCAAUUUGAAUAAUGUAAUCUCUCUGUUCAAUGACCAGCACAAUCGUUCACCCACCAAGGAGUUGGCUUUGCCGCCAGCACAUCCCAACCAGUUGAAUUUGUCACAGCCCACACCAGAACCCCGCAUAGUACAUCCCGGGGUGGUACUGUGCAUGGUGCAACUACUGCCCAGCGUUACCCAUGUGCAGCAAAAGACCCUGGCCAUUAAUCUACAGGUCUAUCUAAGUGAAAUCAUCAAGUCCUUGGUGCGCAGUGAGCGCAAUCAGCAGAUAAUGUGUGAUUAUGGUUUGGCAGGGCAACUGUUGACCAUAGCCCGACGAGCCUUAUCGGAGGAAGUGAAUCCUUUGCAUGUGCCCAUGCAAUAUAUUCUAGAGAGAUUGGCUGCCCAGGCCUUGCAGCCCACUGAGUUGAGAGAAUUUCUGCGCUUGGGUGAACCUUUGUCCUGUGCAAAUAUCGAUUUAAGCAAAUGCUACACCAUGGGUGGACCGGUUCCGCUGACCCGUAUAAAAACUUUGGUCUCUAUGACUACACCUCGGGAUUUUAGGGCUCAUGGUUCGAGUACAUUACCGCCAUUUGUGGAAAUGGAUAUGUCAGCCGAAGGAUUUGGUUGCUUAUAUUUGCCCUCGCUGGCACCCCAGGCAACAGCUACCGCAGGAGGCACCAUCGACUCUAAUACCAUAGGCGGUAUAGGUUCAGGAGAUCGUAUCUUUCCACCCCAAACUGGACUCUCCUUUUCCACUUGGUUUUGUGUGGAGAAAUUUUCUGAUCCCAAAACAGAUCCUCAUUGCGUGCGUUUGUUGACGCUGGUGAGGACCAUACACAAUCCCCGGGAAGAGAAUUUGGUAUGCCUGUCCAUACUGCUAUCGGCCAGAGAUAAGGCCAUUGUGGUAUCAACGCAAGAGACAUUGGUGACGCCCAGUAAAAGUCUAGGCGAUUGGGAACCCGAGGGUUCAGAUGACAACAGUGCACGAAUUUGGUGUCCUGAUUUAUUGCACGAAGGGCAAUGGCAUCAUUUGGUGGUGGUGCUCAAUCGAGCUGUACUUAAAAAUUCCAGUUUGUCUUUGUAUUUGGAUGGAACGCCUCUCCACUCUCAAAAACUCCAUUAUAUCUCACAAAAUCCUGGAGCAGGUUCAGCCAAUCUACCAGUGGCCACUUCGGUCUUUGGCUACUUGGGCACUCCUCCCAUAUGGAGGCGUUAUUCACGUUUAUGCUGGAAGCAGGGUGUUUGCCAUCUGCUGGAAGAUGUGGUCAAUCAACAGACAGUGCAGACCAUAUACAAUUUGGGACCGCAUUACAUGGGCUCGCUGCAGGCUCCUCAAUUGGGCAAGAAGGUAGAAUCUCUGGGACCUCUGGUGGCUGAGGAGAAAGUGCUAUUGGGUCUAAAUGCCAAGGCGGUAUCGCAGCUAACUUUGGUAAAGAUACGCAAGGUCUAUAGUCGAGCUGAUAACAAAUCCAUAGCCAAACAAUUGGGCAUGAACUCGCAUGAGAAUGCCACACCCAUAAAGAUUCUCCACAAUUCUGCUGGUCAUUUGGCUGGAGCUGGUCGCACUUUGGGUGGUGUGGUGGUAGGUUACCUAGGUGUGCGCGUCUUUAGUCCACACCCCGUUUCAGCCAUGAUUGACACCGUGGGUGGCUGUAAUGUCCUGCUGGGCAUUAUAGCCAUGGCCCAGGAUGUGGAGUCUCUGUAUGCUGGGGUCAAAGCCCUUACCUGUGUGGUACGCAGCAAUCGUGCUGCCCAAAGUGAAAUGGAUCGCAAGCGUUGCUAUCAAACUUUGGGCAUGUUUUUCAAGAAAAAGAAGAAUCUCUUGAAUUCUCAUAUCCUCCAUCUAACCUUUGGCCUGGUGGGCACUGUCAACAGUGGCCAGGAGAUGUCUGCCAUACCAAAUGUCACCGCUUUUCAAGAUCUGCUAUGUGACCUUGAUAUAUGGCAUAAUGCUCCAAAUGGCUUGCUGCGUUCUUUGCUGGAACAUCUGUUGGAAUUGGCUGUGGAAUCGAAUGAGAAAAAACAAAAUGUUAAGAUUAUGAGGGAGUUGCAACUGCUUAAUAAGCUGCUUUACAUUAUAGUGGAUAUUCAGGAUCAUUCCACACGGGAGAUACUCUUCAAUUUGGUUGAAGCCUUGCUGGGUGGUCAGCCCAGACACUCGGAUCUUUUGCUAUUCGGACAAUACUGUGCUUCCAAGCUACCCAAGGCAGAGCAGAUAGAAAAAUCUCUUAUCUUACCCUCCAUGAAACCUACACCUAAUCCUUCCAAUUCAGCUGCUACUGCCGAAAAUGAUGUUACUGCUCAAAAUAUCUAUCUACGCAAUCGUUGUCUUUCCCUGUUACAUGGCCUGCUGUUUACCGCACGCAACACUGUCAAUUACAUCAUAUGCGAUGAUAUCUCUAAGACCCUAGGCAUGGAUUGGCUUUUGCUCUUCAUGCAACCCAAUGUACACUUUACCACUGUCAUCAUAGCUGUGCGUAUUUUGGUGGUCGUUUGUGCCAAUGAGAGUUUUCUGGUGCGUUUUCGUGAUUCCACCCAUAAUGGAGGAUAUCUACGUUUCACCGAAAUGGUUUCCCAAAAGAAGUCUAUGGGCAUAGCAGCACAACAAUUGAAUUCUAGGCCCUCAACGGGUACUGGUACUGUCAUUGUGGCUACGGCAAAUGUUUUGCAGCAUCUACCCACCCAUAUAGCGGGUGAAGUGAAGACGGCAGCUUUGAAUAUACCGGGCUUCCAAACUUUGGAAUGGCUUAUGCAAUAUCACCUAGACGUACCCGAGUUAUAUUUCCUCAUCACUGCCCUAAUUAUGGGACAACCGGUUAAAUUAUUGGCCACAGAACAUACCAAAUUCGAUUUGGAUCGUGUAUGGUCCUUCCUAUGGGGAGCGCCCGUCUCAGCCAAUACGAAUAUACCCAAAAUGAAUAUAUGCCCUGAGGGAGUAUGUGUACUCCUGGGCAUGGUGCGGGCCAUAGUACAUGGCGGAGAAAUGGCUCCUUGGUUGAAAAGUCAUCCGGAAACCAUUAUACAAUUACUAUUCAGCCUGUAUCAGAAUCUAACCGAUUUCAUGCCGGUCAUGAUGUCAGGAGAUGUCAUUUCUUCGUUGGUAGCUGUACUCUUCCCCAAUAGCAGCAAGGAGGAGAAUGUCGAAUCUGAACCGAACAGUGGCAAUAGUUCGCCAGUGGAAGAGACUGGGGGUUUCCUUUUGAGUCUUACCACAGCAACCUCUUUGGGCCAGGCCACCAUAAAACUGACGAAUCAUCCGGUGCGCAAAUGCAUCAUAGAUUUCCUUAGGGUAAUAGUGGUGGAUUCGUUGAGCCUUAAUAUGCAUGGCAAGACCACCCCUGUCAUAGAUUUGGUAUUGGAUGCCUCUCCGGAAAACUCGGAAAUGCCUUUGCAGAUCGAAUAUCAAACUGAGAUAAUCACCGCUUUAAUGGAUCAUCUUUUGGCUGCGGACAUUUUGGUGGGAGAACAGGCUGCCUUGUCUUUGGUGCCCCUCUUACAAAGUCAUACUCAACAUGUGGCACCCAAUGUCUUCUAUUUUACCGCCCGCGUGGUGGAUAAAAUGUGGCAGGGUUGUUUGACGCGCAAUCCCCAUGAUAUUUUUGAUUUCAUCAUAAAACUCAUAGCCCAAGCCAAGAGGAGGACAUCUUCGCUGACUUUGGAGCAGUUGCAUCACUCAUUGAAUCGUACCAUUUUGUUUUUGUUAUCUCGACCCACAGAGGCCAUAACAGAGCAGAUGAGUGUGCUGGAGGCCUUGCACAAAAUUAUUACACAUCGUUUGCUGAUUUUUGGCGCCGGAAAUCAUGAAUUGGAGUUUAUAGGCUGUCUAACCUAUUGUCUGUUGCAGCUGACUUCGGAUAUGAAGAUUAUAUUGGAGCCAGCUACCACGCGUAAUACCACAUGGCAUGUUAAUCCACAGGCGGAUAUCAUAGAGCCCAAGGAUGAGGAUCUCAAUCAGUUACAGGGUCGCAAUUUAAUUGUGGGUGCCGCUUUUCGUGUCUGGGAAGAGCUGUAUGUCUGCAAGAAACCCGCCAUUGAAGAGGUCUUCAAGGUCUCCCUUUCCGCACCUCCCAACAAUCAAAAGGCGCCCGAUUUGCAGACCACACGCGAACAGGUUAUGGAAUUGGCCUCCAAACUGUGGUUCAACUAUGUCGAUGCAGAACGCAAGGCUUCAUAUCGCAUUCCCUGGGAGAUACACAAUCAAAUCCAAUCGAAAAUUCAAAAAGUCACCGGUGGCUUGACACGCUUGGCCAGUCGCACAAAAGUCAAAAAGGAUGAUGUUGUGCGCACCAAAUCAUCCAUGUCACGAGAGUGUGCCUUUGAGUGUACGGGCAUACAUGUACAGCUGAUAAAAGAUCUCUGGGAAUUGCGCUGCAAACAAUACAUUCAAAUGCUGCAACACACACAACGCUAUGUCUACCAGGAUUGGGUGCAAUCCGAAACCGAAUUAACACGCGAACGAGGCCUAUGGGGUCCCGAGGGUUGUUCAACUCUGGACAAAUGGAUAUUGGACACCACCGAGGGACCACAUCGUAUGCGCAAGAAAACCAUGCGCAAUGAUCUCUUCUAUCUGCACUACCCAUAUAGGCCGGAAUUGGAGAUUCCCGACAAUCGUCAAUUAAAAUAUAAAGUGGCCACUAGUUUUGAUAGUAAAAUUUAUUACACCCAUUGUCAGCAGCCGCCUCGCAUACUAUGCGAAACGGAUGCGCUAACGCUACAACAGUCAUUACAGCACCAACAUUCCGUAGAUGCCAAUCAAUUGGCGAAAGCCUCAGGUCAACAGCAGCAUCAUCCCCAAUUGCAGACGUCGAAAAGUGAACCGGGUGGAUCGACCACCACCCCCCCUCAAUCACCCAAUGAGCAUCGCCUAGCACAACCGCAGGAAUCCUUGGAGGGCAACAAUCAGGAUGAUGAUGAGGAAGAUGAGGAAAUGUCCACCAUGUCUGACAAUGAGACUUUUCUGCGCCUAUUGGAGGAGCAGGAGAAAAUCUCCUUUAUGUUCAGAUGUGCUCGCAUACAAGGCCUGGAUACCUUUGAGGGCCUAUUGCUCUUUGGCAAAGAGCAUUGUUAUAUAGUUGAUGGCUUUACCUUGCUCAAGAAUCGUGAGAUCAAAGAUAUAGACACUUUGCCUCCAGGGGCCUAUGAGCCCAUAAUACCAAACUCGGGAGGCACUACACGCCAACAUAAGCUGAGACAAUGUUCCAAGUUUGCCUAUGAGGAGAUACGUGAGGUGCAUAAAAGGCGUUACUUGCUGCAGCCCAUAGCCUUGGAGGUCUUCUCCGAGGAUGGACGCAACUAUUUGCUUAGCUUUCCUCGCAAGGUGAGAAAUAAGGUGUAUCAGCGUUUUAUGGCUCAUGCCACCGCCAUUAAUGAUAAUGCCCAGCAAUCGGUGGCGGGGCAAAAGAGAACGGCCAGUGUGGAGCAGACCUCGGGCAUAUUUAGCAGUUUAAUAGGCGAGACCUCGGUGACACAAAGAUGGGUGCGUGGUGAAAUCUCCAAUUUCCAAUAUUUAAUGCAUUUAAAUACCUUGGCCGGCCGUUCCUAUAAUGAUCUCAUGCAAUAUCCUGUAUUCCCUUGGAUAUUGGCCGACUAUGAUUCCGAAGAGCUGGACUUUAGUAAUCCCAAAACAUUCCGUGAUUUUUCCAAGCCCAUGGGGGCCCAGUCCGAGGAGAGAUUGGAGCAAUUCCAGAAAAGAUUUAAGGAAUGGGAUGAUCCCCAUGGCGAGACCCCACCCUAUCACUAUGGCACCCAUUACUCAUCUGCCAUGAUUGUCUGCUCGUAUCUGGUACGCCUGGAACCCUUCACCCAACACUUUUUACGCCUGCAAGGUGGCCAUUUCGAUUUGGCCGAUCGCAUGUUUCACAGCAUCAAAGAAGCCUGGCUAUCGGCCUCCAAAUUCAAUAUGGCCGAUGUCAAAGAGUUGAUACCUGAAUUUUUCUACCUCCCUGAAUUUAUAACAAAUUCAAAUAAUUUUGAUUUGGGUACUAAACAAAAUGGUGAAACUUUGUUUAGUGUCAUAUUGCCUCCUUGGGCCAAACAGGAUCCCCGAGAGUUUAUAAGGUUACAUCGAAAUGCUUUAGAGUGUGAUUAUGUCAGUCAGAAUUUGCAUCUGUGGAUCGACUUAAUAUUUGGCCAUAAGCAACAAGGACCAGCUGCUAUUGAGGCUGUCAAUGUUUUUCAUCAUUUGUUCUAUGAAGGCAAUGUGGAUAUUUACAACAUUGAUGAUCCCUUGAAAAAGAACGCCACCAUUGGUUUCAUCAACAAUUUUGGCCAAAUACCCAAACAGUUGUUUAAGAAACCCCAUCCCGCCAAAAAGAUGUCCGGCUCACGUCAUUCCACUCUGAUUGAUCCGAGUGCUUUAAUACAGGGCAAUACAACCGUCUUACAAUCCGAUCGUUUAUUCUUCCAUAAUUUGGAUAAUCUUAAGCCGAGCCUUCAACCCAUUAAGGAACUCAAAGGACCAGUGGGUCAGAUAUUACAACCAGAUAAGACUGUGUUUGCUGUGGAACAAAAUAAGGUCAUGAUGCCUCCAUCUUAUACCAAAUACAUAGCCUGGGGCUUUGCUGAUCAUUCACUGCGUAUUGGUCUUUACGAUACGGAUCGUGCUUCUUUCGUUUCCGAAGCAGCUGCUCAAAACUCGGGUGAGAUACUCACCUGUGCUUGUCCCAAUUCCAAGAUGAUUGUCACAGCCGGCACCAGUUCGGUCAUAACAAUAUGGAAAUUUGAUGCGAAUCGCAAAAGCUUAACGGUCAAACAUUCCCUGCAUGGUCAUACGGAUGCAGUGACCUGUUUGGCAGCCAGUGCAGCUUAUAAUGUCAUUGUUUCGGGUUCAAGAGAUGGUACCGCUAUAGUCUGGGAUAUGACAAGAUUUACUUUUGUGCGCCAAUUGCCAGGUCAUGUGGGAGUGGUGGCUGCAGUGGCUAUAAAUGAGUUGACAGGCGAUAUUGCCACUUGUUCGGCCACUUGGUUGCAUGUCUGGUCCAUAAAUGGUGAUCCCUUGGCGACGGUCAAUACAUGUGUGGGCAGUGCCGAUCGUAUGCAACAGAUAUUGUGUGUGGCCUUUUCACAGAUCCGCGAAUGGGAUCAACAGAAUGUGGUAAUGACAGGUUCUACAGAUGGUGUUGUUAGGAUGUGGUCUUUGGAAUAUGUUCAGGUACCCAUUGAACGUAAACUAAAAAGAUAUGCCGAAGUGAAAUCACAUGAGAAUCCCGAAAACUCUUCGGAUAAAGAAGAGGAAGCUAUAGGCGGAGAAAUGACAAAGAAAAUGGAAUUAUUUAAACAAAUGCAAAGCAUAUCCUCUCAUGAUGAAAAUGAAAUCCAUAAAUCAGCUUCCGAAAGCAGCAUAUCAGAGGCCUCACAACAUUCAAAUAACUCAACACAAUCGGAAAAACCUGCUAAAGAAUGUGAGAAUUUACCCGUGACAACAGAACGACGGAAAUCCUCAUUUUCGGGGGCGAAAUCCUUGCAUGAAAUUAAAUCGUCAACAGUGGAGGGAACAGGUGGAUCAAGCAAAUCCAAUGAAGAGGAACGAACCACUAUGCGUCCAAGCAAAUCUGAUACUAGUCUUACCGAUGGCUUUGUUAUGAUCGAUAAUGAUAAACAUCGUGGAGAGCAUUGCUUGAAGAAAGGCUUUAAAUGGCAACGUCAAUUAAUGUUUCGUUCAAAACUCACCAUGCACACGGCCUAUGAUCGUAAAGAUAAUGCCGAACCGGCGAGUAUUACAGCUUUGACAGUCUCCAAAGAUCACAAAAUUUUAUAUGUUGGUGAUGCACGAGGUCGCAUCUAUUCAUGGUGUGUAACCGAACAACCUGGUCGUGGAGUGGCCGAUCAUUGGCUUAAAGAUGAGGGAGCCGAUCAAUGUGUUAAAUGCCAUGUAAAGUUCACUCUCUACGAACGCAAACAUCAUUGUCGCAAUUGUGGCCAAGUGUUUUGCAAUAAAUGCAGUCGUUUUGAAUCGGAAAUAUCUCGACUGAGAAUAUUGAAACCGGUGCGAGUGUGUCAAACAUGUUAUGGACAAUUGAGAAUGAAUUCGGUGGACAAUUAAACUAAGAAAAAACCACUUAA